CUCUCCACCUCAAUCAGCAUGUCAGCAGGCAAACUCGCAGCCGUGCCACUCAAGGGCGGGGAAGCGUACCCCCCAGACACGCCGUACAACGAGCAGACGCUCGCCGUGUCGGACAUCCACACGAUCUACUUCUCGCAGUCUGGCAAUCCCGAGGGCAAGCCCGUCGUCUUCAUUCAUGGUGGACCUGGCGUCGGAACUAGCGCAAAGGACACGGCGUACUUCAACCCCGCGGUGUACCGCAUCGUGCUCGUCGACCAGCGCGGGGCCGGCAAGUCGACUCCCGCUGGGGAGCUGCGCGAGAACACUACUUGGGACCUCGUUUCCGAUCUCGAGCGGGUCCGCGGGGUUGUCGGCGUCGACAAGUGGCUCGUGUUUGGCGGGUCUUGGGGAUCCACCCUCGCCCUCGCGUACGCCGAGACCCACCCUGACCGCACGGCCGGCCUCAUUCUGCGCGGGGUGUACCUCUCGCGCAAGAAAGAGCUCGACUUUUCGUACCAGGAUGGCGCGAGUCACAUCUUCCCCGAGCAGUGGGACAAGUUCUACUCCCAUAUUCCGGAGGAGGAGCGUCACGACAUGAUGGGCGCAUACUACCGCCGCCUGCUGCGCGACGACGACGAGUCCCUCCUCACCGCUAAGAUCUGGGACCAGUGGGAGGACUCGAUCGCCAAGCUCAUCCCCGACCCCGUGCUGAUUGCGCGCACCGAAGAAGACCCGCGGUUCGCGCGCACGCUCGCGCGCAUCGAGGCGCAUUACUUUGUCAAUCUCGGGUUCAUGGCCGACGGGUUCUUGGUCGCCGAGGAGCAGAUUAGCAAGGUCCGUCAUAUCCCCGUUAUCGUCGUGCAGGGGCGCUACGAUAUUGUGUGCCCGGCGGUCAACGCGUACGACCUCAAGAGGGCUUGGGGCGACAGCUUCCGCAUGUACAUUGUCGACGACGCCGGCCACUCGGCCCAAGAGCCCGGCACGAGGCGGCUGCUCGUUGGCGCUGCGGACGAGUUUGGAGCAACGCUGCAGUGGUGAGCGUGGAGAGAUAUGCAUUCCAUCCG